AUGUCUUCGUCAAGUCACGUAGUCCAACAUUUCACCCAUAUGCAUCCAUUAACAAAGUUUGAUGGAUAUGGCGAGUUCACAUGCAAUGGCUGCAAAACCUACGGUUUUGGGAAGACCUACCGUUGCUCCUGGUGCGACUACAAUCUCCACGAUCACUGCGCUACGUGUCCCCCUACCCUCCUCAGCUUCAUGCAUCCACAACACGAGCUACGACUAGUCUUUAGAGGACCAGAGCAGACGCACCAUGACAAACGUAUGUGCGACAUCUGCGACGAAUCAGCCGAAGGGCUCUUUUACCAAUGCGAGCCUUGCGGCUUCGACGUCCAUCCACUCUGCACGUGGCUGCCUCAGCACGUGAGGCACGUGCCCCAUCAGGCCCAUCUCUUAGACCUGAGUCAUUGGGGAGCAAGCAGCGCGUGCAUGGUUUGCCACGGGGCAAUCCGGUCUUGGCGGUACAAGUGUGGUCCAUGCCGGUUAGAUGUUCACAUGGAAUGCGUUAAUUCGUCAGCAUCAUCAGUCGCAGCGACGACGUUUCAGGAGAGGUGUUAUGAUGGGUCACAACCGUAUUAUCACCCUUCUCAGUAUUACCAGCCUUAUUACAAUCACGGAUAUACAAAUCAUCAAGGUCAUGUUCAAGAGUCGCGUCCAAGUAUAGGAAGAAGAAUGUUUGGCGUUUUGAUGGCUCUAACGGUUGGUGUUGUUUGCAAUAUCAUCGCUGCACCGGUCUCCGAAGCCUUUAGCGGCGGCUUUUGAAAUGGCACGUCUCUAACAUUAACUUCCUGCCAUGCUAUGUCUUGUUU